AUGGCCCAAGAAUGUGUUGUUUCCGUUUUUUUUAUCUGGGUAUUUUAUGCAAAUAUUUACAUUCUUUAUACACGUGUUGAUGAUCGUUUGGUUUAUCCGCUUUCGGAUCCUUUCCACCGCGUCCUUAUCCCUAUCCCAUUUGAUUUCUUUGAAAUUUCAGAUGAGCAUCAGGGCUCGAUUUUGAGUUCAUCAAACAUUUACCAGCUAGUUGCUGUAAACGUGAUUCAGUGCUUUCUCUUCGAUUUUUUGCUUCCUAUCAAGAUUCUAAAACCGAUUGUCGACGCCAAAUCAAAGUUGAAGAGGCAAUGGCAAUUACAAGGAUACAAGAUCGAAGAUACUGAAAUUCGGUUUAUACUGAAUAAUCAAGAUGAUGACACCAUUGGAAAUUAUAAAUGUCGCUACUAGAUCG